AUGGACCAAGGAAGAGGUGCCUCUGCGAUGAUGAAGGGAAGUGCGCAUCAACAGGAACUGACAGACGCCAUCGGGGAGAUGAAGAACAAAGCCCUGCAAUUAAGAGAAGAGGCGAAUCUUUGCCUGCAACGAAGAAUUGCCGAGAUGGAUCGGAAAAGCGAUCUUCACGCUUCUCGGGAAAAGGCUCGCCAUGAGCUCUCGAAAGAGCAACUACUGCUAGCCAUCGACUCUAGCACAGAGAUCACCGCGCAGAAGGUUUGCACAUAUCUCAUGCGUCAUUUGCAGGCGAAUCCAGAUUUCAACGUGAAGACUGGUGGCCGAGAAACCUCUCCCCCGAGGCCGUCCACUACGAUCGGUAAUAGCAUCACCAUCAAAACCUUGUUGAGAACGCUUGAUAUCGACCUCAAGACCGUUCAAGACGACACAGAGUACUGUCUAGCGUUGGGCUUUACUCAAAGCGAAGACUUUCGCAAUCGAGCAAUAUGGGUGCUACAAUCAUCCGAGUUUGGUGAUUUCGUGGCCAGUGCGGACGAGUCGAAGCUGCUGCUAGUAAAUGGUAACAACGACGCCGCGCAGUUCAUUUCACCGCUCUCGCACGUGUGUGCCAAAGUCACGGACCUGCUGGGUGUGUCGGACGAGAUCUUCUGUCUCAACUAUUUCUGCAGUCGUCACACAGAUCAAUGGCGUGAGCCACGAGCUGACGCGACGGGACUGAUUGCAAGUUUGACGGUUCAACUCUUGACUCAGGUCAAAAGACGAAAGAAAUCCCAGAGCCUCAAUCUAGACCUGUCGUUCUUGUCUUUUGAAGAUCAUUGUGCCGUGCAGGCUGGCGACAUAGAGGCGACAUUCGAUGUCUUCCAGGCCGUCGCGAAGCAGCUUCCCAAAGAUACCGUUGUCUUCUGCUUCAUUGAUGGUCUUUCGGCCUACGAGAACUCCGAUCGCAGAGAGAACACCAACAGGCUGAUGAAAAUGAUACUCAAGUUGAUGAAGAGAUGCAGGAGCGUGGUCUUCAGAUGUAUGGUAACUUUCCCCGGAAGAGGUAGUUUCACCGAUGCUUGGAACGUGAAAUCGAUCGGAGGAAAGGCAGAAACGCUGGAGGUUCUCAUUGAUGGCUUGUAA